AGUGGAUGGUAGCUGGUCGUGCUGGUCUGGCUGGUCUAUGUGUUCAGUGACGUGUGGAGGGGGACACUAUACGAGGACGCGCACCUGCAACAACCCCCCACCAGGCUAUGGAGGAGAUAUAUGUCUGGGACUACACACUGAAGAGGCUCUCUGUAACAUACAAUCAUGUCCAGAGAGUUGGUCUAACUGGUCCCUAUGGUGCCAGUGUGACAGUUCUGGCUCCCAGCUGCGUGUUCGACACUGUAAUGUCCUGUUCCCUACUGGAAACCAAUGUUCCGGAAAUCACACUGAGACCAGGGCCUGCCCACCUGACUCCAACUUUAUACCGGAAGUCUCCAUCGCUCGUUCCAGUCAGGAGGAGAGAAGAUGCGGAGAUUUCAACGUGUUCCAUAUGAUCGCUGUAGGCCUGAGUAGUUCUAUCCUGGGGUGUUUGGUCACCUUACUGGUGUACACCUACUGCCAGCGCUAUCAGCAGCAGUCUCACGAUGCUACAGUCAUCCACCCCAUCUCAGCAUCACCACUCAACACCUCCAUCACCAACCACAUCAACAAACUGGACAAAUACGACUCGGUGGAUGCCAUUAAGGCUUUCAAUAAGAACAACCUGAUUCUGGAGGAAAGAAAUAAGUACUUCAACCCCCAGCUAGCCGGGAAGACUUACACCAAUUCAUACUUCACUGACCUCAACACUUACGAUGACUAUUAACCCUUUGUUGGGCUACAGCACCGGGGAUACACACCCUUGUGCAGAAAACAAACCCACACCACUCGUUAUGACAAUGUCCUAUAUUUUUCCACUUCGUAAUGAAAUCUAUGACAUUUUAUGUGGGACCCUUCCUCUCUGGGACCCAUUGGCAGCUGCCAUCCAAUCAAAUUACAGCCACACAGCGAUGUCAUCGAAGGGACAGGCCCACUUCCCCUCAUGUGCUCGGCUGGGGUUCACCCGGGAAAGUUCUAGUUUGGAAAUAAAAAAUCAACAACAACAACAAGAUCUUGACUUGAUUCCCACGAACAUGGAAACAACUGCAAUUUCGAUUUUCAUUGGAGGAAGGGAGAGAAGAAAAAGGAAACUCGAAGAGCUUUCUGAAUGGGAAGGACCCUGCUGUGAUUUCCUGUAAACUCUCUGGUUCCAGAACUGUGUCGGUUCCAGGGAAGAAAACAACCCAACUGCUUUGCAUGAUUUUAUCUGUCACUCUGUUCAGUUUUGCAUGGUUGGUAGCGGUUCAGGGCUUGAGGCCUUGCAGGCAGGCAGGCAGGCAGGCGGGCCAAUCACUGUACGCUGUGCUAGUGCCCUACAGAGGACCCCAAAGGGGUGGCGUUAGUUAUGCCUGAUGAAUUUGAUCCAACUAAAAUGCUCAACGGUAGAUAGUCAAGUGCUUAGCGUACCCAGAGUAGCUGUCACUCAAUAGCUACCACAAGUUGUUAUGGAUUUAAACCAAUUACAACUCUGCAUUAUUGUAGACUUUUGUUAAACCGAUCUUGUUCUAUACCGUCUACCGUUGAGUAACUAAAAUACUAGUCCUUUUGUCAAAAGAGGGGGCUGGUUAUUCAAAUAAAGACAGCUAUCUAUCAGGAUGUAGAUAUUUUAGAGAUGUGUCCAGGUUUCUUUCUCUUACGGGGCUGGCGUUGGUGUAGCAGUUAGCGGUGGUUGAGAUAUCAGUGUAUAAUCUUUCUUGCUUUUUGUUGAUGUUAUUGUACAGUAAGCUCAUUUGGAAGCAUAUUUCUCUGUGUCUUUAUAGGUCCAUUUACUCAAUGUCAGUGUUAAAAUCAAUACUUUUCUUUGUUACGGCAAAGAAAUGAAAUUUGAGAAGAAGAAAUUGCCCGGGAAUAUAGAAGUAGAUCAUGUUCAAACUGUCAUCAUACUUGUUCAUAUUUUUUUUACAUUUGUAGUACUUUUCAAGGUGAAACAUCUCUCUUUCGUUUAAAGAUGUACAUCCAUAUUCAGUACGUCGAUUUCUUCAAUGUUUUCAAUUGUAACAAUUUUUUUUUUUUUACGUUUGCUUGUUCUAUUGUGGAUAAAUAAAAUAAAAACGCUUCGUAUA